UCCCCGCGGCCAUGAACCCGCAGAACCCGCGAAUGUGGUUGGAGCGUCAGGGGCGGGUCUCCCAGCCGGUCUGAGGAUGCUCCUCUGUUUCCAAGGCGACGCACGGCUUCCUGGCGGAAUCCGCGCUUAAAAUCUCAACAGCGAAGGUCAGCAAGCUUAGCUGUCCGCCGAAAGUGCCACGUUUCGCGCGCGCGCCAAGCUUCUACCGGAGGUGAGAACUUAACCGGCCCCCACACCAGGGUAAGCGCCGAGGGCGUCCCACGAGACUGCGCAGGCGCAUCCCGCCCGGGGACACUCGUCAGUGCGCAGGCGCCAUCCAGGCCGCUCUCCACAUCCUGUAAACAGAGGGACCCGCCGGAGACAACUUCUGCUUCCGGGUCACGCCUUGACAGCCGCUCUCCCGGCCGGUCUCUGCCCAGCGGUUCGGGUCCGCGAGCUCUCGAGGCUGAGACGUCGUUCCGGCCUUGGCGGGGACCGGGGCGGGGGUCGGUUCUCUCCUGCGCUCCCCUGGCGCAGAUUGCACGACCCCCUUUCAGUGCCCGCACUGGGAGACCUACCGGGAUUGCUGCGAUCUUUUGGAAACCUAUGCGGAAAGCGACACCGCGCGUCCCAGGAUUCCGUGCCCUUGCCCGCCGCCCCCAGCCUUGCGGGACGAAGCUGCCGAGAACCCUCUCCCCGCAGGCACUUUGGAGCAUGUGAACAUACUCUGAGCCUUGAUGAGUUCCAGUAUGUGGUAUAUUAUGCAGAGCAUUCAAAGCAAAUACUCUCUCUCAGAGCGUUUAAUCCGAACAAUCGCUGCCAUUCGUUCCUUCCCACAUGACAAUGUAGAGGACCUCAUCAGAGGGGGAGCAGAUGUGAACUGUACUCACGGCACACUAAAGCCCCUGCACUGUGCCUGCAUGGUGUCAGAUGCUGACUGUGUGGAGUUACUCCUGGAAAAAGGAGCUGAGGUGAAUGCCCUGGAUGGUUACAACCGAACAGCCCUCCACUAUGCAGCUGAGAAAGAUGAGUCUUGUGUGGAGGUCCUGUUGGAGUAUGGUGCAAACCCCAAUGCACUGGAUGGCAACCGAGACACCCCACUUCACUGGGCAGCCUUUAAGAAUAAUGCUGAGUGUGUGCGGGCCCUUCUAGAGAGUGGGGCCUCUGUAAAUGCCCUGGAUUACAACAAUGAUACCCCACUCAGCUGGGCUGCCAUGAAGGGCAAUCUUGAGAGUGUCAGCAUUCUUCUGGAUUAUGGUGCAGAGGUGAGAGUCAUCAACCUAAAAGGCCAGACACCCAUCUCCCGCCUGGUGGCUCUGCUAGUCAGGGGACUCGGAACAGAGAAAGAGGACUCUUGUUUUGAGCUCCUCCACAGAGCAGUUGGACACUUUGAACUAAGGAAAAAUGGUACCAUGCCACGAGAAGUGGCCAGAGACCAGCAGCUGUGCGAAAAGCUGACUAUUCUGUGCUCAGCCCCAGGGACUCUAAAAACACUGUCUCGCUAUGCUGUGCGCCGGAGCCUGGGACUUCAGUAUCUGCCAGACGCAGUGAAGGGCCUGCCACUACCAGCGUCUCUGAAAGAAUACCUGUUACUUGUAGAGUAGCCUGGAGGAGACAACUGCACCAUCAGGCAGGCAACUCUAGGUGAGGUUUCCCUUGGUACUGUCUUUGUCUUGGAAGACCAGAAAAGCAGUUGUUCCUGUUUUGUGGCUUAUGUUUGAGGCAACAUGUCACAACAGUAACCUUCACACCAUCUCACCUCCCCAAACCAAGUAACCAAACAAAAAUAAUCCCUCGUUUUGUUUUCGUUUUCUGUGUAUGGUUUACUUGGUUUUCUAUAUUGCACUCUACAAAAGAGGAGGCCUCACCCUCACCCUCCUUCUUAGGGAAAAAGUUAAUAGCAACUAAAUUUCUCUAAGAAGAUGAAAAGUAUUUGAAGAUUGUGUGUUUGGUUUUCCCUUGUGGACAUGAUUAACAUUUCAAAAGAACCCCUCUAGAAACAUUUUUGUUCAUCUGUAAAGAUGCUUAAGAAAAGUUUAGCUAACAAUUAGAGCCAAAGAUGAAGACAUUACCACUUCAAAUGGUGUGCACAUUCAGAUUUGGACUGGGUGCCACCUCAGGGGGUAUUCAGAAGGGGCUUGUCCCCCUUUCUCACCCUCAAAGGAAACAGCAGUCUUGGCAUCCUUUGAUGUGCCCAAAAGGGUUACGCUUUUAUUUCAGAAAGAUUGUCUUGUGCUGCUUUCCACUUAGAAGAAGGGGUAGGAGGUUCUGAGCAAUCCUAAGAACUAAAAGCCCUAGAAAUUUUUCUUCUAAAUGCAGGUCUUUCUCUUUUUUGAAAGCCAGUUUGCUCUAAUGGGCUUAGCAGGCACCGCAGAUGAAGGUGUUUACAGUAGUGGUGGGGGAGGGGCUGGGUGGACUCCCUCACCCCCACCCAGGGCCUUUAUUGCCUAGGAAGUUCGCUUUGCUAAGAUUUUUGAGUUAUAUUGCUUUCUGUUGUUUUGGAAAUUUUGCUUUUUACUAAUCUAUCCAAGGCAUUGGGGGAGGUGUAGAGAAUGAGUUUGAGGGGGAGGGAGCAUUAUGAGAGCUUCCUUUGAGAUGGCCCACCUACAAGAAAGAUCUGUUUUAGUGAAUACUUUUCUUUUUCACUUCCUGAACUCACUGAAGUUAUUAGUGAUAUUAGAUGACCUUUAUGCAAACUUGAAAAACCUUAUUUAAAAACUGAGUGGGAACUACAAAUAAAAAUAAAUGGAAUCUGCUGACAAUGCUAAUUUGAAAAAGUAUGUCUGCCUCUGCCCUUUGGCUGUUGGUAUUUUUUUGCUCACUUAAAAAGAAAUAAAGUUUU